CUCACUGACUUGCGCUCGCAUUACAAGUCGAAGUUUUGAGUGCAGACGACAGUGGGUCCGAAGUGACGCAAACCGAUCUAUCUAUUUCACGGCACUUUUGAUAAAUAUUUUUGUUUUGUAUACAUCAUUUUCUGUUGAUGAAGUCCCGCCGCGUGUGGGACGUAGAAAGUGUAGAGGUGCACCUUUAUAUUACUUCAGUGGCCAGAAGUGAAAGACCUUGAUUUUCCUUUCCCCAGCAUUUGCAGCCUGUGCUGGGUUGGUGGAACAUGGGUACGCGGAUCCACAAGGUCUCUGGACUUAUCGUCUCGUUGAUAUUUACCUGUCAUCUGGUGAAUGUGGCUCAGAGCUCCAAGGUGUGGGGAGAAGUGCCGCUGCCCGAGGACCUGGAUUCAUCGAGGACUGUUGUCCAAAGAUCUCAGCGCUUCCUGGACGAUGACGAGGACUUCGCUGCUGAUGAAGCAUCAGGAGAUCUGCCCAGUGGAGAGGAGGAUGGAAGCACGCCAGAACCCACAGUGGUGACUGAGAUCAGCACAACGUACUACAGAGCUCUGGUGAACUUCACAGACUCCAUUGUGUACAGGCCUGACAUGGAGGACAUCUACUCACUGUCCUUCCAGGAGAUUUCGGAUGCGGUGGUGGACACGUUGGAGUCAGAGUACAACAAGAUCUCAGGCAUCCAGACUGUAAAUGUGGUCCUCAUCAAGAAGAUGCCCAGGCAGAAUGGAGUGGAUGUGUUUGUAGAGCUUGACGUGGGCUCUGACUACAACAACAACGAAAAUCAGAUACGCAACGUGUUGUAUGGAGUGGUGAAGGAGGGAACCAUCGCCUCCUACAUCACCUCUGUCCAGGGCUUCCAGUUCAGACACCUGGGAGAAGCUCUGCCCCUUGUGAACCCCAUGGCUGUCCCAGUGGUCCCCAACCCUCUGCCCUGCAUGAAGGAUGAGCACACGUGUCAGGAUGGGGGUUGUAUCCUUCUGGAGUACCUGUGUGACAACAGACCUGAUUGCAAUGACAUGAGUGAUGAGCUGGAUUGUGAUAAGAUUCAGCCUGGACCAGUGACCCCCACCCCUCCCACCACCACCCCCAUCAAGAAGUCCACACGCCCCCUUGGCCCCCCUGACCCCUUAGGGCCCUGCAAAGUGGACCAGGCCACCUGUCAGAACGGGGAAUGUGUCCCCAGAGACUACCUGUGUGAUGGAGAGAGGGACUGCUCUGACGGCAGCGACGAGUUCAGAUGUGGAACUCCCUCUCCCUGUGAACCCAAUGAGUUCAAGUGUAAGAACGGCCGCUGUGCUCUCAAGCUGUGGCGCUGUGAUGGAGACAACGAUUGCGAGGACAACUCAGACGAGACCAACUGCCCCACCAGAGGUCCAGGUGACACGUGUGCCCCAGAGCAGUUUGUGUGCCUCAGUGACCGCACCUGCAUCCCAUCUAGCUACCAGUGUGAUGAGGAGCCUGACUGCCCUGACCGCUCGGAUGAGUACGGCUGCACUCCUCCCACAGUGACCAGUCCCCCGGAGGAAUCUUUUGAGGCGGAGCGGGGGGAGACGGUGACUUUCAACUGUGUGGCAGUUGGUGUUCCCACCCCCAUCAUCACCUGGAGGCUCAACUGGGGCCAUAUCCCCAUCAGUGGCAGGAUCUCAAUGACCAGUGAGAAUGGGCGUGGCAGCCUGACCAUCCGUGACGUAAAGGAGGCGGACCAGGGGGCGUACACCUGUGAGGCCAUCAACGCCAAGGGCCUUGUGUUUGGUAUCCCUGACGGGGUGCUCAGCCUCACACAGAAACCAGGAAACUGUCCCAACGGUCACUUCAGUGUGGAGGGACGUUGUAUCUCCUGCUUCUGCUUCGGCAUCACCAAGAACUGUGGGAACACUGGACGCUAUCGAAACCAGAUCAAUCUGCGCUUCACUGACGAGGACGACUUCAAAGGAGUGAACGUGACUUACCCCUCUCGGCCGGGCACCCCUCCUCUCUCCUCCACUCAGCUUCUCAUCAACCCAGAGGAAGAGGAGUUCCAGCUAGUCGACCUAUCACGGCGCUUCCUCAUCCUGGAUUCAUUUUGGACGCUGCCACGCCAGUUCCUGGGAAACAAGAUUGACUCCUAUGGAGGGUCCCUGAAGUACAAGGUGCGUUACACGCUGGCCCGUGGUGAGACUGAGCCUGAGGAGAAACCAGACGUGGUCCUGACCGGGAACGGUCAGAGACUGGUCUACCGCAGGGGCAACCCCACCCCCUCCAGAGAGGUCAACCAGAAGGAGAUAAAGUUUACUGAGGACAACUGGCAGCACUCGUCGGGUCGCCAGGUGUCCCGUGAGGACCUGAUGAUGACGCUGGCCAGCCUGGAGAGCAUUAGCAUCCGCACCGUCUACGACAACCACAUGGUGAGCGUGGCGCUCAGCGACAUCGUCAUGGACACCACCACUGUGGAGUACAACGUCCAUGACAAUGCCAAAGAUGUGGAGGAGUGCAGGUGUCCCCCUGGCUACUCAGGACUGUCCUGUGAACAGUGCUCCACUGGCUUUGAGCGUGUUUCUGGAGGGAACUUCCUGGGAUCCUGUGCUGGAUGUAACUGUAACGGACACGCCAGCGCCUGCGACCCCAUCAGUGGACAAUGUCUGAGCUGCCAGCACAACACUGAAGGUCCUCAGUGUGACAAGUGCAGACCAGGCUACUUCGGUGACCCCAGGCGAGGUCGCGCCGAUGACUGCAAGCCCUGUCCCUGCCCAUACACUGAGACAUCCCGCAGGUUUUCCGACACCUGUUUCCUGGACCAUGACUCCCAGGCCACGUGCGACGCCUGCACGCCAGGCUACACCGGCCGUCGCUGUGAAAAGUGUGCAUCUGGGUACCAGGGUAACCCACUGCAGCCCAAUGGCAAAUGUUUUACAACCCCAAACUCAAAGUGUGAUAUUCGAGGAACAGUGAAUUCCAACAGCAGACCAUGCGCCUGCAAGUCCAACGUGGUGGGGUCGCAGUGUGACGAGUGUAAGAGCGGCUCCUUCCACCUGACGGAGGACAACCCAGAGGGCUGUCUGCAGUGCUUCUGUAUGGGCGUCACCAAGCAGUGUGUCAGCUCCACGUGGAGCCGAGACCAGGUCCGUGGCGGUGUGAAUGGUCAGCUCUUCUCCCUCUCCAACGGAGCCAAUACCAGAACCAUCACAGACGGCAUUGCUCAGAGAGGCUCCUCGGAGGUGGUGUAUCGCUCCUUCUCUGACAUCCCCAACGACAUCUACUACUGGGUCCUACCAGACAGCUUCAGAGGAGACAAGGUGACAGCCUACGGCGGGGAGCUGCGCUACACCGUGCGCUACGAGCCCCGGCAACGCUCCCUGGUGAUUGACAGACAGCCAGAUGUGGUUCUCCAAGGCAACGGCAUCUUCCUGGAACACUUCUCCCAGACAAAGCCCCUCCCCCGCGCACCUACCACAGUCACUGUCACCUUCAGAGAGUCUGCAUGGAGGCGUGCUGAUGGACAGCCCUGUACACGUGAACACCUCCUCAUGGCCUUGGCUGAUACUACAGUCUUCAUGAUCAGAGCCACCUACGCUGACAACAUGGUUGAGACCAGUCUCUCAGACAUCAGGAUGGACAUUGCAGUGCCACAUUCCACAGGCAACGAACAGGCCCUGGAAGUGGAGGAGUGUGCCUGUCCCCAGGGUUACAACGGUCCAUCGUGUCAGGAGUGUGACAUGGGCUACACCCGUACAGGCUCUGGGCUCUACCUGGGUACCUGUGAGAGGUGCGACUGUAACGGCCACGCCAGCGGCUGUGACCUGGAGACAGGCGCGUGCUUGCAAUGUCUUCACAACACGGCCGGCCCAAGGUGUGAGCGCUGUUUGCCAGGUUUCUACGGCAACCCUGUGACGGACGGACCUCAGGCUUGUCAGUCCUGCCCCUGCCCUGGCACUUCCGCCAGCAACCAGUAUUCUCUGUCUUGCUACAAGGAUACGGACGGUCAGCCUACAUGUGAUAACUGUCCCCCUGGCUUCACCGGCCGGCGCUGCGAAAGAUGUGCUGCUGGGUACACAGGCAACCCCCAGCUUGGACAAAAGUGUAUUGUUGGCAACAAUGAUCUCAAUGGUAACUGCUACGACUGUGAUCAGAGAGGAAGUGAAGGAUGCAAUGGAAAUGGUGUGUGUCGCUGCAAGAUGAACGUUGAGGGCCCUGCUUGCUCCAACUGUAAGCAGGGAACCUUCCACCUCAGCACAGACAACAAAGAUGGCUGCCUGUCCUGCUUCUGCAUGGGAGUCACUCAGCAGUGCUCCAGCUCCUCCCACUACAGAGACCAGGUGUCAUCCGUCUUUGCCCCAGGCAACUUCCAGGGCUUUGCUUUGGUCAACCGUCAGCGCACCAACCGUAUCUCCACCGGAUUCACCGUGGAGGUGUCCACUGACGGCACCCAGCUCUCCUACAGCAACUUUGACUACCUGGGCCAGGAGCCCCACUAUUGGCAGCUGCCCGGGGCUUUCCAAGGGGAUAAGAAGGAAGCUUUCCUUGCUCGUAUGAGACGAGCGCACCAGAGAGACUCCGCCUGGACAGAAGAGCAACAGAGGAAGGAUGCGUCCGUUUGGGACAUAAUGAAGUCUUCGAAGGGUAAUGGCACCUCCAGGUCCAAAAGAGCUAGCCAGGAACAAGUGAAGAAGCUGGAUGAUGAGAUCUGGGCAAUCCUCUCCAACUUUCCAGCCGGCUCUCCUCCCUUCCCUCCCUCCUCUUCCUCUGAGAGGAAGGUCCCCAGCGCCUCGUAUCGGGCGGGGUCUCGUACCCCCCUGAGGCCCCCCUCUCCCCCUUCCUCCCUCUCUGGUAUCUCCUCCCUGGUACGGCCUACUAGUCCUCAGCCAGCCUCCCCAGGUCACUCUCCUCGACAGCAGACUCAACAGCGGGGGACCAAGAACAUAGUGGGUCCUCCUAGUGCUCCCAGUGGCCCCGGGCCUGCAGGGGCCUCCAGCCAGUACGCUUUGGUCUACCAAGGUUUCAGCUUGCACCCGGAUGACAUGCUCUACUGGCAGCUCCCAGAGCAGUUCAUAGGGGAUAAGGUGAACUCGUAUGGUGGGAAGCUGAAGUAUACCAUCUCCUUUGUAGCCGGCCAGAGAGGAACAGCCAUUGAAGACGCUGAUGUUCAGAUUAUUGGAAAUGACAUCACCCUGGUGGCUCGCCAGCUGUGGCAGAGGGGAAAGGGGACAAGAGAGUCACGCCAGUUUGAGCUCGUCUUCAGAGAGGAGAACUGGCGUCGCCCAGACGGCAUGCCUGCCACUAGGGAGCACCUGAUGAUGGUGCUGGCUGACCUGGAUGACAUCCUGGUGCGGGCCUCCUACUACACAGAGAUGAGGUCCUCCAGCAUCUCCGAGGUCAGCAUGGAGGUGGCCGUGCCCAACUACAGCGGCCUGGCUCAGGCUCUGGAGGUGGAGCAGUGCCGCUGCCCGCCCGCCUACCAGGGACUCUCCUGUCAGGACUGUGCCCCUGGCUACACUCGUACCGGAGGUGGCCUGUACCUGGGCCACUGUGAGCUGUGUGAGUGCAACGGGCACUCUGACUCCUGCCACCCCGAGACUGGCAUCUGCACGAUCUGUCUGCACAACACCCAGGGAGAGCUGUGUGAGCAGUGUGCCCCAGGUUUCUAUGGUGAUCCCACCGCUGGAACCCCAGAGGACUGCCAGCCCUGUGCCUGCCCUCACACCGACCCUGACAACCAGUUCUCCCCCACCUGUGAGAGCCUUGGUAACGGUGGUUAUCAGUGUACUGCUUGCCAGCCUGGAUACACUGGCCAGUACUGUGAGCGCUGUGCAACUGGAUACGUUGGAAAUCCACAAGACAGGAUUAAGUGUCGUCCAUUCAAUACAGCGGCAGCCUCCCUAGUGGUGAAAGUGUACCCUGAGAGGGUUUUGGUGGCCCAGGGCAGCCCAGUGACCCUGCGGUGCCAAGUGACCGGCCCUCCACCCCACUACUACUACUGGUCCAGGGAGGACGGACGCCCCGUGACCAACAGCGCCGUCAGACAAAGACAAGGAGAGGAGCUGCAUAUCCCCAGUGUUCAGCCCAGUGACACAGGCGUGUAUGUCUGUACCUGCAGAGACCAACGCAACACCAACAGGAGCCACGCUGAGAUCGUCGUCACAACUGUCUCAUCCAAACCCAUUCAAGUGACCAUCGAGGAGCCCAAAGCACGGAGUGUCACAGUUGGAACAACAGUCAGCUUCAUCUGCACAGCCAAGAGCCAGUCUCCAGCCUACACCCUGGUGUGGACUCGGCGGGGUAAUGGCAAGCUGCCCAACAGAGCCAUGGACUUCAACGGCAUCCUGACCAUCCAGAACGUCCAGACUGAGGACGCUGGCAUCUACGUGUGUACAGGCUCCAACAUGUUUGCCAUGGACGAGGGCACUGCCGUCCUCUACGUGCCAGAGGCCUCACAGACUCAGACGUUUUACACGACCUAUGAAAUGUUGGAAGGACAUGGAAAGCCUCGCGAGGGGGCCCAGCCAGUGGCUACUGUCACUCCCUCUGUCCUGACCAUCCAGCAAGGAGGCCAUGCUGAGUUCCACUGUACUGUGACUGGCAACCCUACCCCUGCCAUCGAAUGGAUAGGUGGAGGUCCCGGUAAUAGGAUGAGCCCCAAUGCUGUGGUCCGUGGAGGGGUCCUGACCAUCCCUGCUGUGGAGAGGGAGAAUGGGGGGGAGUACGUCUGCAAGGCCCUCAACACCCACGGAGAACACACAUCACGGGCUGUCCUCCACGUCAGUGGUUCCCAAACUGUGGGUCGGGACCCACUUGUGGGUCACAGCAGGGGUCCAGCUUCAGGUGCCAGCCUGCCCCACGUGCAGGUGAGCCCCCAGAGGGUGGACAUCUAUGAGGGUGAGACUCUGAGGCUGUACUGCAGGGCUGGAGGCAGGCCCAGCCCCGGACUCACCUGGAAGAAACAGGAAGGACAACUCCCCCCGCAGGCCAGUAUGGAGCGCACAGACAUUGGCACCCUGCUAAUCCCUAACAUCAAGUCGUCUGACUCUGGCACCUACUUGUGUGUGGGCACCAACUCCAUCGGAUCCUCAGAGGCUCGCAUCGAGGUCACCGUCAAUAGAGCAAUAGGAGGAGACACCAUCUCGUCAGUCAUCACCAUCCAGCCCUCCAUAGCUGACGUCCAGGAGGGACAGAGCCUGGACCUCAACUGUUUUGUCCCUGGUAACCCCCCACCUGCUGUCACCUGGAGGAGGGAAAGCGGACGCCUGUCCGCCAAUCACCAGGUUCUGGGCACCAAGCUGCGUAUCCUCUCUGCCGGUCCCGAUGACUCUGGGAAGUAUAUCUGUCUUGUGGAGGGAGGGCCUGGUACUCCUGUCCGUCAGGCCUCAGUCUCUGUCUCAGUCACUGCCACCUCCUCUCGUCUGCAGACCCCCAUCAUCUCCAUUGAGCCCCACAGUGCAUCGUUGCGACAGGGAGAGUCAGCCAGCUUCAAGUGCAGAGUCUACGGUGGAGCAGAGCCCAUACGGCUGGAGUGGAAACUGUCCAACAACCAGCCCCUUCCUGACAAUGUGAAGGUUGGCCAUUACGGCACUGUCAUCACCAUCGCUGACGCCCGCCCUAGCAACCAGGGCACCUACAACUGUGUGGCUACCAACCUGUUUGGAAUCACCCAGAGUAUCGUCUCUCUGAUCAUCAGAGAGUCUCCUGUAGCGACCGUCACCCCUCAGGGGCCCGUGCAAGUCAGGAUGGGUGAACCCAUUAACCUGGAGUGCCAGGCUUCCGGGGAGCCACGUCCAUCUGUCACAUGGCACAGACUGGAAAGCGCCCGCAACACCAUGCUUAGCAGCCCUGUGCCCAUGGAGUCCAACGCCGUCAUGCAGGUCCUCGUGGCCCGUCCAGAGGACAGUGGUACCUACGUGUGCACAGCCCGCAACGACGAGGGCACCACAGAGACCAGGGUGGAGGUGAUCGUGGAGGGGGCUGGCCAGGUGCCCGUCACGCCCCGUGCCUCUGUGCCCGAUCCCCUCAUGGUGGUGGUGGAGGGACAGAGCACCACACUGAGAUGCGACGCUCGCGGCUUCCCUGUCCCUAAGAUCACGUGGUCUAAGCUGCGUGCCCCUCUUCCCUGGAGACAUAAGGUAGUGGACAACACGCUGAUCCUGCCCAGUGUUGGCCGGGCAGACUCUGGAGAGUACAUCUGCAACGCCACCAACAACAUGGGCACCACCGAAGUCACCAUCAUGCUGGACGUGGAGACACCUCCCUAUGCCACCUCCCUGCCCGACGACGUGGCAGUGCGUGUGGGCGAGGUGAUACGGCUGCAGUGCCUGGCCCAUGGUACUCCCCCCCUGCUCUUCCAGUGGACCAAGCUGAACGGCAGCCUGUCCACCAGGGCCGACGUCCAAGGAGGAGACCUCCAGAUUAACCUAGCCAUACCCGAGGACGCUGGCACCUACAAGUGUGUUGCCACCAACAAAGUGGGCACCAGCGAAGCACAUGCCAAAGUCACUGUCAGGUCCCCCCUGGCAGUGCGUGUGUCUCCUCAGGUGGAGGUAAAGGCCCGGGGUAGUGCUGUAGAGUUUACCUGCUCUGCUGCAGGAGGCCUGGGGACCACCAUGGAGUGGCUGAAGGAGGGAGGAGCCCUGCCCCCCAACCAUCACAUCAAAGAUGGGGUGCUGAGGAUUGAGAACCUGGAGCAGCGCAACGAGGGCAUCUACAUCUGCAGAGCCACCAGUGUUCACGGCCAGGCCCAGGACUCCGCCAAGCUCACCAUCCAAGCCCUGCCCAAGGUGAUGAUCAACGUGCGGACCGCGGUGCAAACAGUGAUGGUGGGUAACUCCGUGGAGUUUGAGUGCCAGGCAAUCGGCGACCCCCAGCCCACGGUGCGCUGGAGCAGGGUGGGAGGGCCCCUGCCGGCACACAUCAUGGUGAAGGGAGGCAUGCUGAAGAUCGAGCAGGUGUCCGAUGCUGACGCUGGACAGUACCGCUGUACUGCCACCAACAACGUGGGCUCUGUGCAGUCUCAGGUGGUCCUACAUGUCCAGUCCCUACCCCAGAUCGCAGCUCUACCAGAGCUGAACGAAGUGACAGUAGGAUCAGAUGCUGUCCUGCCCUGUGUGGCAUCAGGUUACCCGGUGCCUGCCAUCAAAUGGUCCAAGCUGGAUGGGGAACUCCCUCCUAAGUGUAGACAGGUAGUCAACACCUUGACGGUUCCCGAAGUGACCCACGAGGAUUCUGGCACAUACGUGUGCACUGCCUCCAACAAGCAGGGCAAAGUGGAGGCCUUAACCACCCUCAAAGUCCAUGAUCGAGUGAUGCCCUAUUUCACCCAGGAGCCCCUGUCCUAUCUCACUCUGCCCACCAUCAAGAACGCCUACAAGUCCUUCAGCAUCAAGAUUAGCUUCAGGCCAGACAAUCCUGAUGGUCUCAUCCUCUAUGCGGGUAUGAUCAUCUACAAUGGACAGAAGAGGACCAUGGGAGCAGAUUUUAUCUCUCUGGGGCUGGUGGGAGGCAGGCCUGAGUUCAGGUUUGACGUGGGUUCUGGCAUGGCCACCAUCCGCUACCCCACCCCCAUCAAACUGGGAGAGUUCCAUACCAUAGAGCUCUACCGCAACCAAACCCAGGGCUCCAUCAUAGUGGACAGGGAGGCCCCCGUCAAUGGGAGCUCACAGGGAAAGUUCCAGGGGCUGGAUCUGAACGAGGAGUUGUAUGUGGGUGGUUACCCCAACUACACCCUCCUGGCCAAGACAGCUGGCCUCAAGACCGGCUUUGUCGGGUGCAUCCGUAAGCUGGUCAUCCAAGGUGAUGAGAUCAUCUUCAAGGAUCUGGAGCGCAGCUCCACAGGCGUGUCCAACUGUCCCGUCUGCACUGACCACCCCUGUCAGAAUGGAGGGAUGUGCCAGGACUCUAAGGCCAGUCUGUACAAGUGUAGCUGUCCCAGAGGAUACACGGGGAGUAACUGCCAGCACCACUCCUCCCUGCACUGCCACCCAGAGGCUUGUGGACCAGACGCCACCUGCAUCAACCGUCAGAACACCCUGGGCUAUGACUGUCGAUGCCACCUGGGCAAGUCUGGAAACAAGUGCAUGGACGGUGAAUUGGUGACUACUCCCCUGUUUGAUGGUUUGGAAUCGUACAUUGCGUACCCUCCUCUGACCAACAUCCACAACGACCUGCGCAUCGAGAUGGAGUUCAAACCCAUGGAACUGGACGGCCUGAUGUUCUUCAGCAUGGGCAAGAAGAUGAAGACGGAGGACUUUGUCUCCCUGGAGAUGGUAGACGGAUACGUGCAAUUCUGCUAUGAACUGGGGACUGGCCAAGCCGUACUGCGCAGUCCUGAGCCGGUCACCCUUGGCCAGUGGCACCGCAUGGAAGCCGGGCGCCUCGACAAGGAUGGCUCUCUGACGGUUGACGGUGGCCGGGAGGUCAGGAGGUCGUCGCCAGGCAAGGCCCAGGGCCUGAACAUCCACACCCCCAUGUACCUGGGAGGAGUCCCCAAUAUUGAGAUCGUACCCAAGGCCCUUAACAUCAGUGACAUGUUUAAUGGAUGUGUAGGAGAGGUGUCCAUCAAUGGUAAGAAGGUGGACCUGUCCUACAGCUUCACAGAGAGCAUGGCCAUCGUCCAGUGUAAGGACAACAGUCCCUGUGACCGCAACCCCUGUCUGAACGGGGCGAGAUGCAUGCACAGUGCUGAGUAUGAAUACCAGUGUCUCUGCAAGGAUGGCUUCGAGGGUGAGCGCUGUGAGGUGGUGAGGGAUACCUGCCAGAGCAGUGACCAGUGCCAGAAUGGAGGCAGCUGUGUGAAUGGGCACUGUGUGUGUCCCUUAGGCUUCAAUGGCCCCAUCUGUGGACAGAGCCAGGUCUCCAGCUUCGCCGAGGCCCUGUGGAAUUUGGAGGGUAGCGGGGGGAAUGAUGCCCCCAUUGAGUAUGCAGCUCAAUUCUAUGACAACGGUUACCUUGCUCUUCCCAAGACUAUCUUCCCCAGAAGUGGCCCUGACGCUCCAGAGACCAUCGAGAUGGAGCUCAAGGUCAACACCUCCUCCAAAGAGGGCCUGAUCCUGUGGCAGGGAGUGGAGCCCUUUAAUGGAGCUAGCCAUUUCCGCAAGAUGCAUGCUAGUAAAAAGGAACUUGGAGAUCAAGGCAAGGGCAAGGACUUUAUAAGUCUUGGUCUGCAAAAUGGACACUUAGUCUUCAGCUACCAGCUGGGCAGUGGAGAGUCUCAGAUACAGUCCAGAGAGCCCAUCAAUGAUGGCAGAUGGCACAAGGUCACUGCUGUGAGAACUGGUAAACAGGGAUAUAUUCAGAUAGACGGAGCAACCAUUCAACGAGGACAAUCACAAGGCAAAAGCAUCAUGGUGAACACCAAAGGCAACGUAUACCUGGGGGGAGCCCCAGAUAUAUCUGCGAUGACGGGAGGGAAGUUCUCCUCGGGGCUCACAGGCUGUGUGAGGAACCUGUCUCUGAUGAACGCCCGGCCGGGAGAUCAGCCAGCCAGACCCAUCGAGCUGCAGGCCGCCGCAGAGAAUGGCAUCAACGUUGGGCGUUGCUCCUCAUAGACCUAUAGCAGCCCCCACCCACACACACACACACCCAGAGACUAUGGAGACAAGAUACAAUCAGACUCACAGAGAGAUUUACCCACAUACAUACAUACAGUCAGUUUGAAAAAAACAUGGUGCUUUGCUGCUACCCAAAACAAAGCUACACAACAAAAUUAUAUUUUGCUCUCUGUGCAUUGAACCAAAAAAAAGUGAACAAAUACUAACAAGUCUUCACUUCCUUAGUGUUGUAUUCUCAAUGAAGGACACAGGAGAUCCAGUACAGUUUUCAUACUCCCAGCAGUAGCUUUUAGUCAUGAGAAAGAGUAAAAUGCCAUAGGCCUUCUACAAGGGAUCAGAUCCUAUGGAGUUGGAGAUGUUUUUACAGCACUGAAUUUUUAUUUAUAUACAUAUAAAUAUAUAUUAUAUAUUUGUGGGGGCAACAUGCGAACUAACCAUAACUGCUCUUUGUCCUAGAGUUGAUUUUGGGUUCUAAUACUGUGUGUCCAGGGCUUUUUUAUAGGGCCUAGUUGUGUUAUUACUUGCAGACAUUAAAGCCUUCUUUCUUCACUUCUGUAGGGGAAAUUUAGCGGUGAGCAUGCUUACAGACUUGUUACACUAUUGGGAAAGGGGUCACGGAGGUCACGGCACAAAGCAGCAUCAAGACACAUCUCAGGGAAGACAGGAUUUAAAAA